UCCCCGUCGAGCGCACCGCGGCGCAGGCGCAGCCACCACCCACUCCCGAUCGCUCCCGUCGCCACCCACCCCUCCCUCCCCUCCAAAAUCUCAUCUUUUGCGCCUCCUCGCCAACCAAACCCCGCCCACUUCGAGGGGAAGAAGAUGAGAGGCCUGCUCGCGUGCGCUGCUCUCGCCCGCCGCGCCGGCGCCGCCGCCACCGCGCCCGCCGCGCGCCGCCACCUGGCGGGCGCGGCGGAGGCGGCGGAGGCCGAGCUCAAGAAGACGGCGCUCUACGACUUCCACGUCGCGCACGGCGGGAAGAUGGUGCCGUUCGCCGGGUGGAGCAUGCCCAUCCAGUACAAGGACAGCAUCAUGGACUCCACCCUCAACUGCCGCGCCAACGGCAGCCUCUUCGACGUCUCCCACAUGUGCGGCCUCAGCCUCCACGGCCGCCAGGCCAUCCCCUUCCUCGAGUCCCUCGUCGUCGCCGACGUCGCGGGCCUCAAGGACGGCACCGGGUCGCUCACCGUCUUCACCAACGACCGCGGCGGCGCCAUCGACGACUCCGUCGUCACCAAGGUCACCGACCAGCACAUCUACCUCGUCGUCAACGCCGGGUGCAGGGACAAGGAUCUCGCCCACAUUGGGGCGCACCUGGAGGCCUUCAACAAGAAGGGCGGCGAUGUCAAGUGGCACAUCCACGACGAGCGCUCUCUGCUCGCAUUGCAGGGACCUCUUGCUGCACCAACUCUUCAGUUACUGACAAAAGAAGACUUAAGCAAAAUGUUUUUCAGUGACUUCAAGAUGAUUGACAUCAAUGGAUAUGCUUGCUUUCUCACUAGAACUGGUUAUACUGGUGAAGAUGGCUUUGAAAUCUCUGUUCCAUCAGAGAAUGCAGUUGAUCUUGCAAAGGCCCUGCUUGAGAAAUCUGAAGGCAAGGUGAGGCUGACCGGUUUAGGUGCCCGCGACAGUCUCCGUUUGGAGGCUGGCCUCUGCCUGUACGGCAACGACAUGGAGCAGCACAUCACACCAGUUGAGGCUGGUCUCUCAUGGGCAAUUGGCAAGAGGAGGAGAGCAGAAGGCGGCUUCCUGGGAGCAGAUGUGAUCCUCAAGCAGCUCCAGGAAGGCCCCAAGAUCAGGCGUGUCGGCCUCUUCUCGCAAGGGCCGCCUCCUCGGAGUCACAGCGAGAUUGUGAGCAAUUCCGGGGAGAACAUUGGUGAGGUUACCAGUGGAGGGUUCAGCCCCUGCCUGAAGAAGAACAUCGCCAUGGGCUACGUGAAAUCAGGAUUGCACAAAGCUGGGACAGAGUUCAAGGUUGUCGUCCGUGGGAAAUCCUACGAUGCCGUCGUCACCAAGAUGCCAUUUGUGCCAACCAAGUACUACAAGCCCUCAUAGAUUGUACAAAGGAUGUUCCUUUCGGUUGAAAAUUUUCUCAUGCAACUCCUCUUGUCGCGGCUUUGUUCUGCAAUGCUGCAUCUGUAACUUCUGUAAGGUUUCAUCUUGCAGCUUGACAUUUUACCUCUGCCCGUCUAAUAAUAUGAAAUGUGAUAUGCAGUAUGCUUUUCCUUUCUCA